AUGCCAGGUAAACGGAACCUCCUGGCCGCCGUCCAUCACGACUUCCCAAUCCGACAGGUACGACGUCACGCUUUCGCGCUCCUUCCUUCACCAGCAGAUUGCACCAUCGUUGCCUGCUUCUUCGCCUCGGCUGCUGCCUGCUGGCCUCUUUCCCUCUCUCCCUCCUUCCCUCCUCCACACUUCUCUUCUCUCUCCAUCUCACCUUCCCCCACUGCUUCAGAGUCCCACACACGGCACGAUCAGCCACGCCUGCCAUUUACAACAUCUGCAUCAUACCAGCCAGUCCCGAUUCUCGUUCUAGAUGCUCGCUCAUGCCAGCUGGCUAAAAACAAUCGUUCACACUGCGGGCCCAGCGGCGUCUUGCCCGAGAAAGCAUACCAUCUGCUGCCAAAAGCCAAGGCAUUCGGUGAAGAACUGAUCGAGCUCCUCUCCAGUAGCUGCCCCGUGGGCCCGCCCAGCUGGCUAAAAAAAAAAAACUCCGCCCGCAUCGCAGCGAAGCGAAUGGUUUUUCCUGGCAGCCACCAGUCUCAAGCCAGCGGACCCGGAGUAAAGAAGAUAUGGAGGGUCAAGCCAUGGAGGUGGUCUCGAAGUGACGUGUCGCCUUUUUGGAGUGACGAAUGUAAGGCAUUUGUGGAGGAUGACGACGAAGAAAGCAAGAAAUGGGUCAAGGAAUCAGACCCGGAUGACAGCGAAUUCGACAACAUGUAUGAUCCGGACGCGCAAAAAGAAAUCCGCCAGACCAUCGUUGAUAUCACUAAGGACCUGCUCGAGAGUAUUGCUCCCGUGAAACUUCAUAUUACGAAAAUUGAGGAAGCUUUAGAUGCCUUCGACAACAAAAGUGAAGAACUGGCCGCACGUCUCACUGCUCUAGAUGAGAACACGGGAGCCAUUCUGGACGAAGACCUUGGCUCAAUUAAGGAAUUGCAAGCCGAUAUUAACCAGAACAUCAAAGCUAUAGAUAAGGACCAGAACGCUAUCGACAGUGAUGAGUUUGCCAUGUCUUCUUCUUCCGCCUUUCAAUCCAUGGCUAACUGUAGAUCACAGAUCGUUUGA